GUCUCUUCUUCGCUCCUCCCUUUGCCUGUAGCGGCGUCGGAACAAGGCCUGUAGUUAGUCCUCAGACCCUCCUUUCUCCUUUUUUUUAGCUGUUCUACAAACAUGGCCACUGCAGCUGUUUCCCCGCCUGUGAAGAUUGGGAUUAUUGGUGGAACCGGUCUAGAUGAUCCUGAAAUUUUGGAAGGAAGAACUGAAAAAUAUGUUGACACACCAUAUGGCAAGCCAUCAGAUGCCUUGAUUUUGGGGAAGAUAAAAAAUGUUGACUGUGUCCUGCUUGCAAGACAUGGAAGGCAGCAUACCAUCAUGCCUUCAAAUAUCAACUUCCAAGCAAACAUUUGGGCCUUAAAGGAAGAAGGCUGCACUCACAUUAUAGUGACUACUGCUUGUGGCUCUUUAAGAGAAGAAAUUCAACCUGGAGAUAUUGUCAUAAUUGACCAGUUUAUUGACAGGACAACCAAAAGACGUCAAACCUUCCAUGAUGGCAGCCAUGCCUGCUCUGGAGGAGUGUGUCACAUUCCAAUGGCUGAGCCAUUUUGUUCUAAAACCAGAGAGUCUUGUCUACACAAGUACCGCUCUAAUCUUAGUCAUCGAGCAAAGAUAGAACUGGAACCAAAAGAGAUUCGGCCUAUGAAGAAGGUUCUCCUAGAGACUGCUAAGAAACUUGGACUCAAGUGUCACUCAAAGGGAACAAUGGUAACCGUGGAAGGACCCCGUUUUAGUUCUCGGGCAGAAAGUUUAAUGUUCCGUGUUUGGGGAGGAGAUCUUAUCAACAUGACAACAGUUCCAGAGGUCGUGCUUGCCAGAGAAGCUGGAAUUUGCUAUGCAGCCAUUGCUAUGGCAACAGAUUAUGAUUGCUGGAAAGAGCAUGAAGAGGCGGUUUCAGUUGAUAAUGUCAUGAAGACUCUGAAAGAAAAUUCAAAUAAGGCCACUAGUUUACUUCUUACUGCAAUACCACAGAUUGGGUCUAUGGAAUGGAAAGAAACCCUGCGCAGCAUGAAGGUAAGUCUUCCAAAAAAAAAAAAAAAACAAAAGAAAACAAAUUUGUAGAGGGACGAGAUGUGGAAUAGACAGCUUUUUGCCUGAUCUCUCCUGGCUUCCCUCAGAAUCAAUACCAGAUCAAUUUCUGAACAGGUUUUGGAGGGUAACAAAUUUCCAACAGAAGAUAUUUUGGAAGGACUUAAGGAAAUUCUAUCUCAAUUGUACAGGUAGAAUGCAGCUCAGCACAGGUGGGGCAUAAGGAGACUCAGAUUGAACCCUGCAUGGAGAUUUUAGUGGGAAGCUUUUAGUCAAAAUAAAGCAGCAGCAGCUGUUCUGUCCUGGUCCAGAAGCCAGGGAAUCAGCAGACUAGCUAUGAGACCUCCAGUGCAGUUACAAAAGGCAAAUAGUGAAUCCCUGAAUCCCAGCAUAACAAAGAAGACUUAGCCACACUUACUUAGCAUGGAAAAGAAGCCAACAGCACUGACCCCAAGGCAUGAUAAAACCCCUCUCUGUCAUCUUGUAGAAAAAGCUUGGGACAAUUUCCCUGUUUCCCUAAAAGUAAAUCUCAACCUUUAAAAAUGAAAAAAAGAACAAAAAGAACUUUAUCAUAGUCAGCUGUUUUGGGACCAGGGAAGAACAAACCUUUUACCCUGAGGUCACUAAAGGUAAAACAUCUCCAGAUGAGGCCUCAAAGGGUGAGUUGAUCUCCAAAUCAAAAAGCUCUCUUGGAAGAAUUUUUAAAGUGUCUUAAAAGAGUGUUAGAAGAAAUAUGGGAGCACCAAUCCUGAAGUCGGGAGGACCCGAGUUCAAAUGUGGUCUCAGACCAAACUAUGAUUCUGGGCAAGUCACUUAACCCAUCAGCAAAAAAAGAAAAAAAGAAAAAAGAAAUAUGGGGAAAGACAAUGAUAAUUUUGAAAAAGGAAAUAUAGAAAUUGUCUGAAGAAAAUAAUUCCUUAAAAAAAUACAAUUGGGGUAAUGGAAAAAAAGAAUUGAAGGGCCUGGAACAUAAGCAGUCCUCAGGGUAAAGAAGGUUGGACUGAAGCCAAGAAUCUGCUAUCCAGCAAAACUAAGGUUUACCUUUUUUUUAAAAUAACUUUUUAUUUACAAGUUAUAUGCAUGGGUAAUUUUACAGCCAAACCUUUUGUUCCAAUUUUUCUUUUCCUUUCCCCCACCCCCUCCCCUAGAUGGUAGGAUGACCAAUACAUGUUAAAUAUAUUAGAGUGUAAAUUAAAUACAAAAUAAAUAUACAUGUCCAAACCGUUAUUUUGCUGUACAAAAAGAAUCAGACUCUGAAAUAUUGUACAGUUAGCCUGUGAAAUCAAAAAUGCAGAUGGGCAAAAAUAUAGGGAUUAGGAAUUCUAUGUAAUGGUUCUUAGUCAUCUCCCAGAGUUCUUUUGCUGGGUGUAACUCGUUCAGUUCAUUACUGCUCCAUUAGAAUUGAUUUGGUUCAUCUCAUUGCUGAAGAUGGCCAGGUCCAUCAGAAUUGAUCAUCAUAUAGUAUUGUUGUUGAAGUAUAUAAUGAUCUCUGGUCCUGGUCAUUUCACUCAGCAUCAGUUCAUAUAAGUCUCUCCAGGCCUUUCUAAAAUCAUCCUGUUUUUCAUUUUUUACCGAACAAUAAUAUUCCAUAAUAUUCAUAUACCACAAUUUAUUCAGCCAUUCUCCAAUUGAUGAGCAUCCACUCAGUUUCCAGUUUCUGGCCACUACAAAGAAACUUGCCAGAAACAUUCGUGCACAUACAGGUGCCUUUCCCUUCUUUAAGAUCUCUUUGGGAUAUAAGCCCAGUAGUAACACUUAAGCAUUAUCUUUUAGAGAAAAAAAAUGGACAUUCAAUGAAAUAGGGGAUUUUCAAUUAUUUUUGAUGAAAAGACCAGAACUGAACAGACAAUUUAAUCAUCAAAUACAAAACUCAAGAGAAGCAUAAAAAUGUAAAAAGAAAAAGAAAAAAAAAACCCUCUGUUUUUUAAAAGGUUAAAAUGUUCACAUCCCCACAUAGGACAUUGAUAUGUUUAACUCUUGAGAACUGUAUCUUUGUUAGGGGUAGGGUCCAGGUAUCAUUUGACUUUAUUGUGAUAUAAAAAAGAAACUAUGGGUAGAAUAGUAAUUGUAUUGGAAAAAAGACCUAUUACAGUGGAGGGAAAGAAGACAGGGAAAUUUGCAAGGCUUGAACCUUAAUCUCACCAGAUUUGGCUCAGAGAGAGCCAAAUAUUAGUUAUAGAAACUUUUCUCAUCCUAUAAGGAAGGAGGAGGAGAAAGGGGAAAGGAAAUGGUCAGGCUAAUAGAAGGGAGAGUAGAAGUAGAAGGAGAAAAGUAUAAGGGGAGAGGUUGUAAAAGAGGAGGACUGAUUGAAUGAUGUAGUAGUCAGAAGCAAAACACUGAUGAAGAGGAAAAAGAUGGAAAGGAAAAAGAAAAAUAGAAUUUGGGGAAAAAUAGAUUGGUGAGAAAUGUAGAGUUAAUCAUUUUAAUUGUGAAUGUGAAAGGGAUGAACUCUCCCAUAAAAUAGAAGUGGAUAGUAGUACAUGGGAUUAAAAAACAGAAUAUGUUAACAAGAAAUAUCUUUAAAGCAGAGAUACAUAUAAAAUAAAGGUAAAAAGUUGGAAUAGAAUCUAUUAUGCUUCAGUAGAAAUAAAAAGCGCAGAGGUAGCAAGUCUGAUCUCAGAUCAAACAAAAGCAAAAAUAGAUAUGAAUAAGAGAUAAGAAACGAAUUCAUUUGUGCUUUUUAAAAGUUACCAUAGGUAAUAAAACAAUAUCACUGCUAAACAUAUGCAACAAGUAGUAUAGCAUGAAUUCCUAGACAAGAAGUUAAGAGAUCUGCAAGUGGCUGUGAGCAGUAAAAUUAUACCAGAGGUGAUCUCAACCUUGCUCUAUCAGAACUAGACAAAUAGAACCACAAAAUAAACAAGAAAGAAGUUAAGGAGGUAAAUAGAACUUUAGAAAAGAUAGGUAUGAUAGACAUUUGGAAAAAAUUGAAUGGAAACAGAAAGGAAUGUACCUUUUUCUUGAUGUAAAUGGAACCUACACAAAAAUUGACCAUAGCCUGAGGUUGUAAAAACCUCAAAAUCAAAUGCAGAAAGGCAGAAAUACCAAAUGCAUCUUUUUCAGAUCAUGAUGCAACAAAAUUACAUGUAAUAAAAAGCCAGGAAAAAAUAGACCAAAAA